AUGGAGGUCGGUGGCCUGCCAGUUGAGCUGUGGCAGCUCAUCUUGUCCUACCUGCGCCUCCCUGACCUGGGCCGCUGCAGCUUGGUCUGCAGGGCCUGGUAUGAGCUUAUCCUCAGCCUGGACAGAACGCGCUGGCGGCAGCUCUGCCUCAGCUGCCUCGAGCACAGACACCCCAACUGGCCCAACCAGCCCAGUGUGGAGCCGCAGUCCUGGAGAGAGGCCUUCAAACAACACUACCUGGCCUCCAAAAUCUGGACUAAAAACAUGCAGGACCUGGAGCCCUCCAACUGCUUCUCCCUCUUCCAGAGGAGGAAGGGCCGUCGCCAGCUCUCUGUCGGCAUGGGGGGCGAGUUUGGCAGCCUCCAGACCGCCCUGGCUGCGGCCAACCCCUACGACCGCCUUGUGCUGCUGCCUGGCGUGCACGAGGAACAGAGCGAGGUGCUGCUGAAGGUGCCUGUGGAGGUUGUGGGGCAGGGCAGGCUGGGGGACGUGGCACUGCUGGCGAGCAUCGACCAGCACUGCCCCACUGCCCGCCUCUGCAACGUGGUCUUCAUGCCGACCCGCUUCAGCUCUGUGCUCUACAAGACGACCUCAGGCUACGUCCAGUUCGACAACUGCAACUUUGAAAGCGGGCAGCUGCAGAUCCAUGCGCCAGGGACGUGCCAGGUGAAGUUCUGCACCUUCAGCCAGUCCAGCAUCCACCUCCGCAGCAUGUCCCUGUGCAUCCUGGAGAACUGUGAGUUCACCGGCAGCGAGAACGCCUCUGUAACUGUGGAGGGCUGCCCGAGUUCGGAUCGUAACUGGGCCUGCAAGCAUCUGGCUCUGCUGACCAAGUCUUGUGCAGCGUCCAUGCGGGAGCCUGACCCAGCCAUCUGCCCCGUGGCCAGGUGGGAUGGCUGGAGGGAAUCGCUGCUGGAGCCAGUAAGAAAGUGCGAGAUUGUCAUAGGGGAAGAGCGAAGCAGCUUCCUUGCUGCUGUGGGUGCUAAAGCCCAGCUUGGCUCAGCCCAGGAGGACACUGAAUUUGGACACAACUUGCGGGCAGCAAAGGAGGAGGAGUACCCAGCCCUUGACUCGAACUCCAGUGGCAGUGACUUACACAGUGAUGAUGAAGGGGAUGUUCAGGCAGCGUACAAAGUGCCCUAUCAAGCCCACAGCCUGAGUCACACGCUUCCUGAUGUUACAGACAGCAGGCUUCAAAGCAACAGACUGCAGGCCCUUCAGAGGGACCUUAAGCUCAAGUCUCUGCAGCAGGAGCUGCAGGAGGACAAGGAGGCCCAGUCUUUGGCUAACUCUCUGCAAGGCUGCAUCAUCCGACAGUGCCUUUUCAGGGAUGGAAAGGGAGGAAUAUUCAUUUAUUCACAAGGGCAAGCAAAACUGGAAGGAAGCAUCUUCAGGCGUCUGACCUAUGCAGUGCGCUGCAUACAAAACAGUAAGGUUAUUAUGCUGAAGAAUGACAUCCACCAUUGCAAAGCAUCGGGGAUAUUCCUGCGCCUGUUGGCAGGAGGCCUGAUUGCAGACAACAACAUACAUUCAAACUGUGAGGCUGGAGUGGACAUUCGUAAGGGAGCCAACCCCCUUGUUCUGUGCAAUAAGAUACACAGUGGCCUUCGCUCAGGCAUUGUCGUCGCUGGCAACGGAAAAGGCAUCAUCCGUAGCAAUCAGAUCUAUGGGAAUAAAGAAGCUGGCAUUUAUAUUCUGUAUAAUGGAAACCCUGCUGUGAGCGGGAACCACAUUUUCCAGGGACUGGCUGCUGGAAUAGCAGUGAAUGAGAAUGGGAGAGGUCACAUCACAGGGAAUGUCAUCUGCCAGAACCAGUGGGGUGGGGCAGACAUCCGCCAUGGGGGCGACCCCCUCCUCAGGAACAACCUCAUCUCCUGUGGCUACUCAGACGGCGUGGUGGUGGGCGAGCACGGGAAGGGCCUCAUUGAAGGAAACAUCAUUUACG